AGUGUCUCUUUUUAUAACCUCUUUAUGGCGAUUACACGUGCCAGUAUAGUUGUGUGUUGUUUUGAUUGCUAAACAAGAUGAAAACGAAAAAAGAAGAUGUGAAAUCCAAGAAGUCACUUCUAAAUAAAACUGCUGAUAAUAAGAAAAAAAUUCCGAGGCCAAAAGCAGGUGCCAGUCUCGAAAAAGCUGUAGAAAAUGUGAAGCAAAUAUUUAAGGAAAAAGAAGAAUCUACCUUCAAGAAAAAGAUAAGAACUUCAAAUCAAUCUAAGCAAGUUAAUGUACAAAAAUCAAAAUCUAAAGGAAUAGUGUAUGUGGGUCACUUACCUCAUGGCUUUUAUGAAGAACAAAUGAAGGAUUAUUUUCAACAAUUCGGGAAUGUAACAAGAGUAAGAGUGUCAAGAUCUAAAAAAACUGGAAAAAGCCGUGGCUAUGGCUAUGUUGAAUUUUUUCAUUCAGAGGUUGCUAAAGUUGCAGCAGAGUCUAUGAACAAUUAUCUCAUGUGUGGUCGGUUAUUAAAAGCUAAAUAUAUUCCACCUGAAAAUCAGCAUUCUGGAUUCUUCUCGGGAUUAAAUUGGUCAGAAGAUAAGUAUCCUAAAUUAAAAAAUAGGAAAAAAGCAAUACGGAAUCUAAACCGUGUUCAACAUAUUGGAAAACAUGAGACAUAUGUUAAAAGAACGCUCAGCAAACUUUCCAUGUUAGAAAGUAAACUGCAAAAACAGGGAAUUAGCAUAAAAUUUCAACCCGCUGAUGUACUCAAAACGUGAUAUGUAGGCUUUUUUUUUAGCUUUUAAGCAUUUCAUUUAUUCAUACUGAAUAAACAAUAGGAGUUUAUCUACGUAA